AUGGCAUCGUCGUCCGAUUCUUCCGUCGACCUUGCCACUGUUGACGCACUCGAGUUGCUGCCUGACAACACUGCUGCUAAUUGGCACUCGUAUGCCCAUUCCGUUGAGGUGCUCCUUUCCUCUGUUGUGGUCAGCGGCUACAACCUUCGCUCGGUUGUCUUUCAGGAAGGCGGUGGACUUCAGCCCGUGGCCCCCACCGCUCCUACUGGACCUGCCCCCGCCCACCCUGGCGCCGAGCCCUCUCCCCCCGGUGAUCCUCCCACCUUUGCGCUGAAUGUCAACGACCCGCAGAGCUCGGAAACCGCCAUUCGCACAUACCGCACCAAUCUCCAAGAGCACCUGCGCCUGCAAUUGCGUUACGAGGACAACAGGCGCAUCUAUGACGACGCCGCUGCCCGCUACAACAAGUACCAGGAGGACCUGGACACCUACACUGUAGAACUUGCAGACUACACCACGAAAAUUACUGCCUGGCGGGUUGCUGAUCGACGCGCGCUUGCCAUUCUUCUCGCCACCAUCCCCUCCUCCCUCAAACGCGAGCUCUCACCUACCUCCUCCCACCUGUGGCGACUGCUGGUCGACCUUUUCGAUCGGCUGGACGUUGCCACUCUUUACGCCCUUAUCAAGGAGUUUGGAACUCUCUCCAUGGAUUCCACUUCUGGUGCAGCUGCUUUCACUCGCCGUGUCUUAGACCUUUCUCGGCGCCUUGCAGCACUCGAUGUGGUGUACCCGGACACCGUCAUCUGCUGCCACCUCCUCGAAGGCCUCACACCUGCCUUCGACGCUCACAAGCUUGCGUACAUGCAGCUUAUCUCCAAGCACCACACCCCUGCUGAAGUCGCUCAGUGGAUUAUCACCACCGAAGCUGAGAUCCUUCGCCACUCUUCCUCCACAGCCGCAGCAGCCCAGUCGCGCAGCAGCCGGGGUGGCCGUGGCGGUGGGCGUGGGGGUGGGCGUGGUGGUGGGCGUGGGGGUGGACGAGGGGGAUCAGCAGGUCGCGGUGGUGCUGGCAGCAGUGGUGCGGGUCGUGGUACGGCAGCUGCCUUUCCUCCCUGUCAGUACCUGCCUCGCUACGGUCCCACUCAGGGACAGCGCUGCGGCCAAACCACCCAUGCCACUGAGACGUGCUUCAAGGCACUCAGUGAUGAGUGGUUUGCCCGUGGCAACACCGGCACCCCUCCUCGCUGGUCCGCCCUCAACCCUCGCCCCACUCCCCUUGAGGUCCGUUCCUCUCUCCUCGCAUUGGCUUAG